UACUUCACAACCCGCGUAGCUAGUUACCGCGGUAGAUCUACCCUGUCCACCAACUCUCUUUUUAUGAGUUUCUUUUGCUUACUGCCGCAUGUAGAUCUACGUCCGUGCAUGGCAGACACGAUGUGCUGAACCCUGAGUUUGUCGGAGACUUCCCUAUCCCUUCACUACCCCUAGUUCACCUACCCUAGCCUCGAUCGUGGAGCAAAGCUAACGUUUGUGCCUGAACUCUCUAGUCUACUGUAGCACUUGGAUUGGAUCGACUGACGAAAUUAAAAUGGAUUUCAAACAAGAUGUUUCCAGUCCUAGUGGUAUGUCGACGGAAGAACUUGAUAGGGCCUUGGGCUUGAGUGCUCUGGACAGUCAAGGAAUGGAUGCUACCAUUAUGUUGGAUAAAUUAAUGAGUUUGGGUGUGGAUGGUGGUGCCGCAGGAGUUGGUCCCGCAAACCCGUUUAUGUCGGCGGCGGCUGUGCCAGUGAUGACGGGAAAUGAGUAUCUUAGUAGUACAAUGGCAAUGACCUCGAUGGCAACUAGCAAUCCGACUCAGGCCAAAGCUGAGCCCCAUUUAGCUCAUUUAAUGUCUCACGUGGGUUACAAUCAACCCAUUGCUUCAGCCAACAUGGCAGCUACUGCAGCAGUCCUAGGGACUAGUCCUCUGCAAACAUCACUGGUUGGCGGUGUACAUGGCAAUGUUCCGCCAGGAUUUGGUACUGUGUCUGUGGCCUUGACUGGACCGUCUAACCCCUCUCUGGGUGCUGCUGACCUGGCUACAUGUGGCCUGCCAACUAGCACUGUUCUGGGUGCUGUUCCACCCGCAGCGGCCAGUGCUGUUGCCGGGGGUACGUCUCCCAAUAUGAGCACACGCUCUCCUCUACCGGCAGGGGGAGCAUACGCACAGUAUGAAGAGGAAGAACGGCAGAAACGUGAGAUGCAUAACUUCAUUGAGCGUCGGCGCCGCUAUAACAUCAAUGAUCGCAUCAAAGAGCUCGGAAGUCUUCUACCAGGAACCGAGCCUGACACUCGGCAGAAUAAAGGUAAUAUCUUGAAAACGGCUGUUAACUACAUCAAGAGGCUACAGAAGGUUGAAGCAAGAUACCGCGAGUUAUCGCGAAAGCACCGUCAGUAUUCCAAAACGUUGAGCGUGUUCAAAAGUCGCUUGGAAGAAUACGAUGCUGCGUGCCAGAGCAAUGGAAUACUCGUUCCGUCAGCCUCGCAAGAAGCAGCGCUGCUCACACGCGUGGACUUGGCACGGGUCACGUUAGACCAGUGCGUAACGUUGGUGGAUUGCUUGGAAUCGGCGGGCAGUGAAGUUAGCGACAUCUCUAGUAUUGGUUCAUCAGUCGGUGCUAGUGAGGAUGAUCUGAGUGAUGAUGAUGAUGUGCGCUCGACCUCCUCAACCCAUUCAGUUGGAAGUGCAUCACGUCGACACGCACCCCUCACUCCCAAACAGUGACCAACACAAGCGAGCGACAGUGUUCAGGUUUGAAGUGUUGGCUCCCUUUUUGUUCUCUGUUUAACUUAGCAAGUGUGAAUGCAAGUCGAAUACUAGUGUUGAUGUUUUCUAAUUCUGUUGUUGUUUUGUGCUUGAUGCAAGUCUUGCUGAUGUGAUGGAAACCAUCCCUAGGUUUCAGUCCUCCACUAGUAUGUGUUUCACCAUCUGCUGUUAGAAGUCACUGACUGACCUGGGCUUUUUAAAACUAUUUUUUGCUUUAGGUUUUGUAUUUUUGCUGCAUCUCUGUGUGGCACUGACUGGUGGUACUUUGAUGAUGGUACUAGUCUUGUCCAGAAAUUGAAGGUGGGACACUGCCGACUAGCCUAUUUUCUCUUAAAAUAGCCAGUGCUGGAAUUUGUCAACACGUACCUGUCACCUCUAAAGCCUUUUCUUCCUAGUUUUUUUUGUGUCUAUUCGUAUUCUUUUUAUCAUUAGUUUUUCUCUCCGUUAGAAUUAUAACCUGUUGAUAAUGUAUUUUUCUUGGGUUUUUACACAGCUGCUAAUAUCGUGUGGCUGGAACAUAGAAUUUACCAUUUGAUGUGCAUUAGUGACAUAUUGAGCUGUACAUAAUAAUAUUAACUAUUACCAUGAAUCGUGAAACAUGGUGUGUCAGGUUCUCAA